AGGCUGAGGUGGGAGGAUCACCUGCUCCCAGGAAUUCGAGGCUGCAGUGAGUUAUGAUCACACCCCUAUAUUCCAGCCUGGGUGACAGAGCAAGAUGCCAUCUCUAAAAGAAGGAAAAAAUUCACACUUGUGCUGGCUGCCUUUAAAGCAUAGAGCUAGCAGGAUUUCCUGUGGGAUUGGGUGUGUAGAGUAAGAAAAAAAAUGAAGCAUCAAAGAGCACACCAUGACUUUGGCCUGAACAAUUGGAAGAAUUGAAAUGCCUUUACCUGAGACAGGGGAGCCUAGGAGAGGAGGGGCUUGGGGGGAAUAUUCCAGAAUUAAACCCUGGAUAUUUUGGGUUUGAGAUGCUUACUAAUAUUCAAGUGAAAAUGUCAAGUAGCUGAAUCAAUGAUCCUGGAGUUCAGAGGAUUCUGGGCCAGGAUAAUCUACCUGCAGGAGGGUUUGUCACUGACUUGGACAUGCAAGAUCGCUGUAGCCCACAAGGGAUGGGACCUUUUCCGGAGUUGUGGAGAUGAAUGAAUGAAUCGGAGGCAGGGUCGAGGCCUUGGUGCUGACCUCUGGCUUCCUCUGCCAGCCCGCCUCUGCCUGCUGACCCUGCUGUCGCCACCCCUCAGCUCAGCAGCCUCCAUCUCCCCAGCUGAGCCCAUCAGUCAAGCCUAUAGCCUGGCCCUCUACAUGCAGAAGAACACCUCAGCGCUGCUGCGGACUUACCUCCAGUACCAGGGCAGCCCCUUUAGUGACCCUGGCUUCUCAGCCCCUGAGCUCCAGCUCAGCAGCCUGCCUCCUGCCACCGCCUUCUUUAAGACCUGGCACGCCCUGGAUGACGGGGAAUGGCUGAGCCUUGCCCAGAGGGCCUUCCUGGCAUUGACCCAGCACCUCCAGCUCGUGGAAGACGACCAGAGCGACCUGAACCCUGGCAGUCCCAUCCUGCUGGCUCAGCUCGGGGCUGCGAGACUCAGGGCCCAAGGCCUGCUGGGCAAUAUGGCCGCCAUCACGACGGCCCUGGGGCUGCCAAUCCCCCCAGAAGAGGAUACUCUAGGGCUUGCUGCCUUUGGGGCCUCGGCCUUUGAGAGGAAAUGUCGAGGCUACGUGGUGACCCGGGAAUAUGGCCACUGGACAGACCGAGCUGUGAGAGACUUGGCUCUGCUCAAGGCUAAGUACUCAGCAUAG